UAUAAAUUAUUCAACCUUUUCUCGAAGAGUAGAUGGAACGACUUCAGAUGUUCCAAAUACAUUCCGAUGCAAGAUUGCUUGACUUAUAACUACCCAUUAUUCCCCAUAACAUGGGAGAAAUUCUACCCAUUAUUGUCAAUCUGAGUAUACGAACCCGAUGGUGUUGGUUAUCAGUUGGCGAUGGAGAGUGAAGAAUCGGGAGAAGAUACAGAUAGUGUCAUGGUUGCAAGGGCGAUGAUGGCUUGUGUGGCGGCUGUCGGAGAAUAUUGUCGUGAAUACAUAUUCAAACAGCCCUCUCGUCAUGGAGAGGAUGAGCGCGCCAGGUUCAUCAACUCUAUCAUUAGGGCCAGUGACCGGGAUUGUGUCACACAACUUAGGAUGAAUCGAGCGACGUUCUUCGAUCUAUGUACCCAGCUACGCGAGAAGGCCGUGUUGUGUGAUACUCGGCGUGUGAGUCUUGAAGAACAGUUAGUAAUGUUCCUACAUACAUUGGGGCACAAUGUUCGCAAUCGCGUAAUUGGUCAUAGAUUCAUUCGAUCGGGUGAAACUGUGAGUCGCCACUUUCAUAGUGUAUUGGAUGCAAUUGUGUCGCUGUACCCAAUUUUCGUAAAACAGGCUGGACCAGCGACUCCAUCUGAGAUUCAGACAAACACAAAUUGGGCUGCUUACUUUCAGGAUUGCAUUGGGGCAAUUGAUGGUACACACAUUCCUGCUCAUGUGCCUGCCGGUGACCAUGCGAGCUUCCGCAAUCGGAAGGGGGUCCUCUCCCAAAACGUACUGGCGGCGUGUUCAUUUGAUAUGAACUUCAUUUACAUAUUGGCUGGUUGGGAGGGUUCUGCUUCGGAUGCGAGGGUCUUACACAAUGCUCUGAGUCGAUCAGAUGAUCCCUUGCUUGUCCCACAUGGAAAAUAUUACGUUGUCGAUGCCGGUUAUGCACAUUCACCCGGUUUUAUGGCUCCAUACCGGGGCGUUCGAUAUCACUUACAGGAGUAUCGAACCGGGAGAGCACCUGCCAACAUGAAGGAGCUGUUUAAUUAUCGGCAUGCACAGUUGCGCAAUGCAAUUGAGCGUUGUUUUGGUGUUAUGAAAGGCAGAUUCCCCAUCCUGAAGACCGCCAUGCAGUAUGAAUUCCCCACACAGAUUCAAAUUGUGAUAGCCUGCUGCGUCUUACACAAUUUCAUACGUACUAGACCAGAAUCUCAAGAAGAGAUGGCCUACGCUGGAGUAUCUGCCACUGAUGGGGAGAGUAACCCAACGCCUCACGAGGUUUCAACGAACGACGAGCGACAAUGGUUACUGCGCGCAUCUCAGCGUGAAAAAGAUGAUUGGAAUUGUGUGCGCGAUGCUAUAGCAAACAAAUUGUGGGAAGAUGCGCAACAAAAUAGUGGUAUGCCAGAUAGGAUGUCUAGUGAUCCAUCGACACCAAUACAUUCACCGGCCAAGACACCAGUGGUGCCCACACGAUCUUCCCCACGCACGAGGACGGCGAAAUCCCUGGCCGAGCCUGCGUCCCGAGCAUCGAAAUAA